UCACCCUUCAUUCCUUUCCUGCUGGUUGUCAUUUUUGCUGUCAUUAUUUAUAACGUCAAAAAUGGAGGAGGAACGUUUGUUCGACGAAAGGGUUUCAAUUAGAGAAUCCGCUCGACCAUUAAAAAAAUAUGGGAGCACAUGCAAUCAUAUGAAAAGAAACGAAGAAUACAUCAAACAUGUAAUGUCAAAAGGUGAUACCUUGCAAGGAAUUGCUUUAAAAUAUGGUGUAACUAUGGAGAAGAUAAGAAGAGCAAAUCGACUGUUCGCGACAGAUAGUUUGUUUUUGAGAGAAUAUUUAUUGAUUCCUGUGACCAAAGAUUCUCCUUUCUAUGAGAAUGGAGAGCGCGUGACUGAACCACCUGUGCCGAGUCAUCGAGCCUCUAUCGCUGGAAUGCCUACUAGAGAUUUCUCCCCUGGCAGUCCUGAUGAAAAAAAGAGUUUUGAUGAAUUUUUAACUAGACUGGAUUCUUCAUUAGCUGACAUAAAGAAGCAUGUAGAAAAAACGAAGGAAAAUAGUGAGUUCGUCAAAGAUUUCGAAGACGAUUUCGUGAGACACAGGCCGACGGCGCGCUUACGGCAAUCGGCGUCAUUGGGCGCGUCGACCUCUUACAAUGAGGUGAUACCGCCGCCCCUGCCGCCGCCGCCCGCCACGCUGACGCAGAGCCGCCGCGUCGACUCCUCUCUAAAGCGACUCGAGAGGGCACACGACGACCUGUUCCAGUUGUAGCGGCCGAGGCAGCGCAGGUAAUCUUCACAACUAAGUCUAGGGACCCACUCGCAGGGAGCAGGGCCAUUAUUCGCUAUGACUAUUUAUCGAUCGAAUAUCGAAUUAAGGUAAGACAUUUGCAAUAUCUGUGUUAUCUAUGCAAAC